CCAGCACUCUAACCACACCACAGAAGCUGUGUUUGGGUCCUGAGGUGGAGGAUCUGUAAGGAGUUGGUGCAUGGCAGUGUUGGACAUACACUGCAGCGGUUACACUGAAAGAAGGCACUAUGGUUCCCAUCACGAAAACCCCCCAUUGGUGUUCUGAAUAUGCACAACAUGAGGCCUGAGAGAGAACUCCGCUCUGCGUUCUGUCAUCUGAGCAUUGACUGUCCUGACUAGAUUUUAUAUAGUGAUUGGAAGGGCUGUGAUUGAUUGUACUUAGUUGGUGCCUUAAACUGUGGUAGUGUUGGGGGAUACGGUGAGAAGCAAUUGUGUUUUCCCUCUGCAUGUUUUUGGUGGGAAUUUUUGAAGCCAUGGCUGUCUCUGGAAUAGAACCAGGGUGUGUGACCAAGGCUGAGGCGGCUUAAAAUACUGGCUUAGGCAUGAUCUAUCCCCAACAUGUCCCUGAUAUAGCCCAGUUCUGUGCUGGAGUUAUCCCACCACUACAGCUUGGCACCAGCCUUUUGAAGUUCUUCGGUUCAGUCAUCACCCUGAAGUGCUCAGCAGGAGGGUUCAGGGGAAGAUCGCCCAUUGUUUAUUUUUUCAGAAGCUAUACAAACUCUCACCUAGUUCAUGGCCACCUGUUAGGUGAUCUGGAAUUCCUUAAAAAGGGCCUGGCACGAGGAUGUUUGCAAAGCUGAAGAAGAAGAUUGCUGAAGAAGCAGCUACUGCACCACGCCCAGGAGGGGCAGCCAGAAUCCCGCGGUCAUUCAGCAAAGAGUCAAUCACUUCUGUGGGAGCAGAUUCAGGGGAUGACUUUCCUUCUGAUGGAAGUAGUUCCAGAGAAGAUCUGUCAUCUCAGCUGUUCCGAAGGAAUGAACAAAUACGGAAGCUGGAGGUCAAGCUCUCUGAUUAUGCCGAGCAGGUCCGAAAUUUGCAGAAGAUUAAAGAGAAGCUUGAAAUUGCACUAGAGAAGCACCAGGAUUCUUCUCUGAGGAAACUUCAGGAACAGAAUGAGGCUCACCAGGCCAGCAGAGCCAAGAUGGCAGAGGGAAUGGCCUUAGCGCUUGAGAAGAAGGAUCAGGAAUGGCGGGAGAAGCUGUCUCAUCUCGAAAAGGAAAGAAAGAUCCUUUCAACACAAUUACAAGAGAUGCGAGAACAGAGCUUGAAUCUCUUCCAGAAGCGAGACGAUUAUGAUGAGCUGGAAGGCUUCCAGCAGCAAGAACUGGCUAAAGUCAAGCACAUGCUUUUGAAGAAAGAAGAAUCUUUAGACCAAAUGGAGCGAGAACUGGAAUCCUCUCGGAAAGAGCUCACCCGUGCCCAAGAAGACCUCCAGGCCUCCAGCUCUUUGACUUCACGCCUGGCUGCCGAGUUGCAGGAGCUACGAGAGCAGCAUGCGAACCUGAAGGCAGAGAGGGAUGAACUCUUAGAUGCAGAGGAAAGUGCAGAGAAUAAGAUUACUGUCCUGGAGCAGCGGGGCCGUGAACUUCAAGCAUACAUCCAUCAGAUGUCAGUAGAUCUUCAAAAUUCUCAGGUUACUGCCUCCGGUUGUGAGAAGACAUUGGAAAUGUUGCAAGCAGAACAUGAAGCUCUGAAGCUGGAGUAUGAACAGCACAAGCAAAAGAUGAUUGUUGAAGUGGAGGAGAAAAACCAGCUCAUGGGACACUUGCAGGGGAAACUGACCACCCUAGAGAAGCGGUUGGAAGGGAACCUCUCUGGUGAUGAGCAUGUACGGGAGCUGCUCCAAGAGAAAAGUGCUCUGGAACACCGGCUAGAGAGUGCCCUGCAGCAGCUUUCAGCAGCACGGACAAGUCAUGCAGAGAAUCAGAACCUCUUGGAUACUCAGAUCCAACAACUGAAUUGCAAAAUAGCAGAAGGGCAGACGCAGCUGAAUGAGAGAGAGAAGGCCAUGCAGAGCAUCCAGGAGAGCAGUUUGCACCAGCUGAAAGAUCUAGAACGAGCCCUUCAACUUGCCAAUGAGGCAGAGGCGAAAAGUAAAGAUGAUAUCAGGGAGAGAGAGCAGCAGAUCCAAAAACUGCAAACAGCCCUGGAGUUGGAAAGCACCAAAUCAGAGGAAGCCAUCUCUGCUGUGAAGCAUCAAUGCACUGAGCAGGUCAGGAGGCUUGAGGAACAGGUUUCUACCCUUGAAGCAGUGCGAGAAGCUGAAAUGCGGGUUGCCCAGCACAAGACUAGCGAACUAGAGAAAGAAAACAAAGAACUCAAAGACAGCCACAGAGAAUGUGAAAGCUCUUUGAAGAGGCAAGAGGCAGAACUGGAAAGGCUAAAGGCAGAAUUAAGCAGUAGGGAAACAGUCAGCACUGAAAUUGCCAAAGCCCUGGAAGAGGCACGGAAACACAAGGAGGAAUUACAGCAGCAAGUUGCCGACUUGUUCUCGUCGUUGAAAGAGAAGGACUGUCUGAUCAAGCAUAAAACUGACACACUGCUGGAAAAGGAAGAAGAGCUGAAUUGCUUACGGCACGACCAUGAGGAGCAGAUGCAGCAGUUGCAGACCGACUUCGAAUUGUGCCAGCGACAGGCUGAGGAGAGGGAAGCUCUGGUCGGAGAGAUGAUCACUUUGCAGGAGCAGCUACAAGAGCAGUUGGCAUGCAGGCUAGCCAGUGAGGGCCAGACUGCUGGGUUGGAGUUGGCAUCCAAAGCCUUCAAAAAACAAUUGCACCCUGGUGAGGAUGGAGAAGGGGAGCCAAACGGGGAUGUGGCUGCUGCAGACAUAGUCCAGCUGCAGAAAGAGAACUGGGAAUUGGGGCAACAGGUGGCAGAGAAGAACAAAGUGAUCAAGCAGUUACAGCAGAGAAUGGCAGAACUAAAGAAGACGCUACAAAAAGAACUGAAAAUUCGCCCGGACAGUGAGGUCCCAGAAGUGCCCAAUGCUGCCUUGACUGUGACAAACAACUCAGACCUGAAUGACUCUCGGGAGAUAAACUUUGAGUAUCUUAAGCACGUGGUACUAAAAUUUAUGUCCUGCCGGGAAUCAGAGGCAUUCCAUCUAAUCAAAGCCGUGUCUGUUUUGCUGAACUUCUCUCAAGAGGAAGAAAACAUGCUCAAGGAAACCCUAGAAUACAAGAUGUCCUGGUUUGGAUCCAAACCAUCUCCAAGGGGCAGCAUCCGACCUUCCAUUUCAAGUCCCAGGACCCCAUGGUCAUGAAGGGCCCCAAAGAACACACAGCCUGCCCUUUAGUUGUUCUUUCUUUCCAGGAAAAGGAUAUUGCCCUGUCAAUUGAGGUGUGUCUUAAUUAUGUUCACUAUGUACUUUAUAUAAGAACUGUUUACAAAACUGUACUGUAAAAGGGAGUGGGAUUUUCUACAACUGGCCCCCUGGGUGGGGUUGGAGGGACCCACAGAGUCGUUUGCCCUCAAAGCCUUGUACUGCUGAAAGUGCCACUUGUGUGGCAGCCGUGCGUCUUCACUGGGGUGUGUGCGCAUUUAUAUUCCUGUCAUCACAGAACGCUUGCGUCAUUCCUGACAGUGUAAAGUGCUCCAGGGCUGGGAAGCUCUUCUACCUUCUCAGACCUGUUUGCUUAUUAACAUGGCUGCUGGAAAGAGCAUAUUUGAAUUUCUAGCAGGGUAACACAACUUUUUCCAGAGUUGGCCACCUUUAUUUUUCUUAAAGAAAAAUAAUUCUAAAUGGUCUUUAUGAGAUAACUAUUCAGUUGCCUUUCAGAUUAAACUAGUAAGAGUGUAGCAAAAGUGUACAGAUGGGAAAGGGUGACACUCUGUCUUUGAGCUCUUCCCCACCUACCCACCCCCCGAAAAGUGGGAGCAUAAAGUUGCGGCUGAAGCAGAGAGGAGCUUCUGUUUCAUCUGCAAAUUUGCUUUAUGGGGGCUGAUGUACCAUCCUUAGCAUGGUACACCAUGGUGACACAAGCUGCUUCAUACAUAUCCUAGAACUUAUUCACAUUCUGUCAGUGGAAGCAACAUGAAUAACUGGUGCUUUGGAUGUGAAUUUUUAAAAAAGCACUUACAAGAGGGUUCACUGUAAAGCAGAAACGGAUCUCAGUUCAAUUUCCCCCCCUUUAAUAACUUAAAAGCAAACACCUAGCUUGGAAACUACAGCUUAACUAAAGUAUACAAAACGAGACUGUGUGCUGUACUAAAGCCUGACCAUGUGAAACGGUGGCUUGCAGUGCUAUAAGAACUGCACAUUGCUAGGCAACAGUAUUUUUACCAACUGCUUGAGAAACUGAACCCGUUACUUUGCUACAUGGAGAAAUGCAGAGUAAAAUUUCCAACAGACCCAGAUUUAAGGCACAGAAUAGAAAGAAAACCUCAGAUGCCUCUCACAGUUUAAGUGUUGAAUUUUUUUUCAGCUAUUAGAGCAGGCCUGUGGUUGCGUGUGUGUGUAUAUAUUCAUAUACUGAUGCACUUUUUCCUUGUACAAAUAAUACAUAUGGAAUGUAUAUAAAGCCUUUUUACGGAUACUUGCUAUGUACAGAGGGACUCUAUUAUGUAAUGGCUUGUAGAAAGCUAAUUUGUGGUGCAAUACAUUUUGGAUGAAAACUA